CUUCACAAAACACAUGUUCGGUGUACUGCUAAGCUCAUAGCAUCAGUCAUAUUUCGAGCUAUCGAUCUUCAUGUUUGCGUGAACAAGGAAUUCCAGCAUGGACUCUGCAUAAUAUUGUGCCGUCAGGGGAAAAAAGGAAACGCUUUCCUGGCGCUCAACCUUUAUAAUAAGUCAAUUGAGUAGCUAGUGGUUGAAAGCUAAGCUAGGCUUUUCAAGACAUCCAUAGUUGCAGCAUCUCAAAACAGCUGAUAGCUAGCCCAGUUACUGAAAGGAAAAAAACAGUUACGCCAGGUUGCCUUUCAAAAUGGCUGACGAUGAUUUAGGUAGAAAAUUUCUUAACGACGAAGAAGAAGAAGAAGCAGUAGACUCAACAGGAGAGACGCUGAUCCUUCAAAACAUUAAGAAGAAGAAAGAAGAACGAAGUAAAAAACUGAAUAGUAUUUAUAUGUCCUACGACAAACUCCAAGUUGACGAGAAGCUAUUCCAAAAUGGUGAUGUUCAUCAAGCUAAUCAGGAAGAUGAAGUUGAGGGCGAAGUGGUAAAGACGAAAAAACCUCAGAGGUUGAAUGAGGCAGUUAUGUCAUUGGAUUAUAUGAACGUAUCAAAGUUGCUUGCUCAAAAUAUAGAUAUUAAUUUUCCCAAUAGAUUUGGGCGCGGUCCUUUACACAAUGCAAUACUAAAGGGAGAUUUGAGAAUGGUCAAAAUGAUCCUCGAUGCAGGUGCUGAUGUCACUCUUAAGGACGAUAGAGGUGAUACCCCUCUACACUAUGCAGUAAGAGCUGACAGUGAACAAAUAACAAAGCUAUUAUUGGAACACUCUGAAUGUGAUGUUAAUGCCGAAGGAAGCUCUAUGGCAACACCACUUCAUCUCGCAGCAAGUCUAAACAAUGCAAAACUUUGCAAGCUACUUUUGGAACACAUGGCAAGAAUGGAACUGAGAGAAGAGUUCGGAAGGACAGCUCUUGGCAAAGCAAUGGAGAGUGGGGCUACGAAAGCGGUCAAAUUUCUCUUUGAAUUUAUCAAAAACAAUGAACUUGGAAUGGAAAACUACUUGUAUAAUGCUGACAAAGAAGGGAGCACUUUGUUGCAUUUAGCAGUGGACAGCGGCUUUGUGAAGGUCGUUGACCUUUGCUUGAAGUAUGGAGCAAGAAUAAGACAACCAAAGAGUCAGGGUCGUUCAACAGCUUUCCACUUGGCAUGCGAGCAAGGCUCAGUAGAAAUUGUCAAACGUCUGCUUCAAGAAGACCCUAGUGUUGCUAAGAUACUAUUGAUUGAUGCUUGUGGCUCUACACCAUUACACAAUGCCGCCAAGAACAACAGCUCCGCCAUACUUGAGCUGCUUAUUGAGCAUGGUGCUAAUGUCAAUGCUAAAGACGACAACAACGUUACCCCCCUCAUGUUGGCCGCGAGUUUUGGAGCAACCGAUUCUAUUCGACUCUUGAUGGAAAAAGGUACGGAUCCAACGAUCAAGGAUAUUGACGGACGAACUGCGCUAUUCAAUGCUGUGAGGCAUUCGAAUGCUAUGGAAGUCUUGCUAACGAAUCAACAAAUGAUUCCACUGCUGAUAGAGAAAGACGCUACAGGAUAUGCUCCUCCUCACUAUGCUGCAAAACAUGGGGAUAUCAAGACAAUGCAACUCUUUCUAUCCCACAACAAAGCAAUCGCUAGUGUGACGUCAGACUCCUUGGCCACGCCCCUACACGUGGCUUCAAGACAUGGCUGGGACGCAGUCGUUAGCAUUUUACUUGAAAAACAAGGCAGUAAAAUUGUCAAUCUCCAAGACAAUCGAGGUAGGACAGCCUUACAUUAUGCCGCUAGCGGAGGGCAUCACAGAGCAGUUGUAGUUCUCCUACAAUACGGUGCAACUAUAGAAAGGGAUCAGAAUAACAGAACAGCUCUUCAUGAAGCAGCAAGAAAAGGCUCCAGAAAAUCAGUCGAGAUGAUUGUCGAGAAAAGAUCUCAUUGUAUUAACUAUAUGGAUGAUGACAGGAAUACAGCUCUUCACUUGGCAGCCGUCUACCAACACUCUCAUCUCGUCAAACUACUACUUGCGAAUGAACACCAAGAAAUUCUUCUCAAUUCAUCGAACCAGAAUAUCUUGGACAUAGUAUUAGAGAGAAACAGCACUGAGGUGGUGGAAACUAUAGUGGAAGAUCCAAGAUGGCGAGAGGUGUUGAAGUCUUGUAGCAGUGGUGUUUCUAAGCAGAUGAUAAAAUUAAUCGAAAAAAUGCCACACGUAGCAGAGCGUUUAUUGGAUCACUGUAUGCAACCUGAGGGAGAUCGCUUUAGUAAGGAUUACAAGAUCAAAUAUGAUCUCAGCUUGAUAUUGUGCAAGGAGAAUGCAAAGGAAAAAGCAGGAUCUCUUAAGAUCUUAAAGACAAUGGCGGAAUAUCGACGCGACAGAUGCCUUGCUCAUCCGCUAUGUUUCAUCGUACUUAGCACGAAAUGGAAGAGAUUUGGUUGCACCGUUUUUCUACUAAACCUCUUUUUCUUCCUGGCAUCGAUUUUACCACUGACCGUGAUGCAUGUCUUUCUCGAAGACCACGACGAGAUAUAUUGCGAAGAUCGCAUAAUAAACCGAACAUCGAGUGGGGAAAUCUUAUACGAUGAACAAAUUAAAAGUUGUCUCUUUAACCAUGCGCCGAUUCAGAUUCUUCAUUACUUCAUUAUACUCAUGCUUUCAAUCCAAGUCCUGAAAGAGGUCAUUCAGUGUUAUUAUCAGCGCAUGCGCUACUUCACCUCUGUCAGCAGCUGGAUCGACAUCAUCGGGCUCGGAGCAGCCUUAUUCUCUGUUGUACCACCGUGUGCAUGUAAAUGGGGAAUACAAAAACAAGCUGCUUCUGUCGCAAUUUUUCUGAGCUGGAUCAAUCUCAUCAUGUACUUUCGAAGGCUUCCCUUCUACGGUAAAUACGUCAUCAUGCUGUACCGUAUGUUCAUUACACUACUCAAGGUCUUGGUUCUAUUCGCUUUUUUUAUCGUGGCUUUUGGAGCAACUUUUCAUCUCAUUAUUGAUCAGGAGCCCUUCACGUCUCUCCCUAACACCCUGAUGAAUAUAUUCAUAAUGACGCUGGGCGAGAUCAACUAUGUAGACGUCUUUAUGCCAUGGAGCAAGCUGUUCUACCCUCGAUUAGUCAACACUCUUUUGAUUCUCUUUUGCCUGACAAUGCCCAUCAUUCUCAUGAACAUGUUGGUUGGUUUGGCUGUAGGAGAUAUUGACAAAAUCGAACGGAAUGCUCUGAUUGACCGAUACAUCAUGCAAGUGGAAUUGCUGAUCGAUAUCGAGGCAGCUUUGCCAUCUUGUCUCCUCAGACGCGUCCAUUUUAGUCACGUGACAGACUAUCCUAACAAAGAGCCUUCUUUGUUUUCCAAGGUCUACAACAGUCUCAUAGGCUUUGGUCUCGGCAACGAAGAAGGUGAAGCGGACGAAAGAGACGCACGAAUACCGGAGAUGACACAACUAACCGAGAAACUGGAGGAACAGGCUUCAGAAAUCGAGCACCUUCAGAAAACAAUGGAGACGAUACUACAGCUUGUACGCGAACAAACAGACAUUCUUUCAAAGCCCAAAAAGAUCGAAGCUCCACUAGAAGAUCCAAAAGCAUCGCUUCUCGGUAAACCCCUAGAUGUCUUUGGUAGUUUAGCUUCAACGGCCAUCUCAUUUGGGACCAAGAAAACGGAAGAGGAAAAGACGCAGGACAAAACAUCAUCUAUUACUUAAGACUUGGAUUCAUAAAACGGACGUGAAAGAAACGUAUUGCGCAUGCUCCCUAGUUUGUAUGCAAAUUAGUUCAAAAAUGUAAAGAUUUGCAUCAUUUUGUUGCGUCCUAGUUUGUUAAAACAUCGAGGGAACAAAAAGGCAAAGCUUCGACAAGGAACUGACUGAUUUGUCAGUUCUGGAAACUUUAUUAGUUAUUUUGUAUCGUUGUUAGUAUAAUAUCUUGGUUCUUUAAAAAUAUAUUGCCAAGUGCACGCAUGCGCAAUAGGUUUUUCUCUGGUGACUUAUCAAACUAGGCGGCAACUCCAGCCUCGGCUAGGAACUAUUAUUCGUGGUC